UUUGAUUGAUUUGGAUUCAUGUCCCUAAUAAAACACCAGCGGCGUACAUGAUUGUGAACUCGACGUGUUUGGCAAUGAUUUCAGAAGGCAGCAUCAGGUAACACGGAGGGGUGUGAUCUGGAUCGUCGUUCUCAGUUGGUGCAAGGGUUCCAUUACAACACCUUGCUUUUGAGACGAUUGCCAACAUCAUGGGCCCGACACCUAAUAGCUGCCUCUGAUGCUGAUGCGGACUCGAAUAUACUUUGCUCAGUUCUUCCAAAAUUCCCUUCCUUCUUUUGUUCCUCAACUCUUAUCUUCAUCUUGAUUUCCUUCUCUUUCUCACUGUCUAAUCUCAUUUUCCACCGCCGCUGCUAAUUCCGCCGUUCUUCUUUCGGGUUCAUCCAUCACUUUCUGUUGAGUUAUGGAGUUUUUUCUUGAACUUGCGCUAACCAUUAGUCUUCCUCUUCUUAUUUCCUUUGUUGUCAGUAAGUUUCUUUCCAGGGCCUCAACCGACGAAGAAUUGGCUCCGUUUGGCUUUGACUUCGGAUUUCGAUCACGAAUUCGUAAUCUAGAGAGUGAUAAACCUAGCGUUGUUGUUGAAGAUUUUGUCGGUGCGGAUGAGCCCGCAGAAUGCGAAUUGAAACAGGGCAAUUUCACCGGGAUCCUUGAAUCGAGAGAUGAAACUGAGAGUAAAUGCGAAUGUGCUGUGAUUGCCUCUUUGAGGAUUGUUGAAGAUAGAUUAGGGAGUGACUCCGAUAAUAGUGGUGGUGAUUGCGGCGGUGAGGUUGCAGGAAAGGUGAUCGAUGAAAGUUCUGUUAGGACCAGGUGUGAUGAAACUGGAAUCGGUCCGGAUGAGGAAGACGUAUGCGAGGACGAUGGAGUUGAGGCGUUUGAGAAUGAUCGGAGCAAGGAAUCCGGUGGAGUAAGCGAGGAAGGAUCGGCAGAGGAGAUUGCCGUCGAGGAUGACGAUUGGGAGGGAAUUGAAAGAACUGAAUUGGAGAAGUUAUUUGAAACCGCAGUAGAGUUUGUGAAGAUUCGUGAUAUCGAGGAUCCCAAAUUUGGCGGUGAAUUGAAGAUGCGGCUGAACGGGCUUCACAAGAUAGCCAUGGAGGGGCCUUGCAGAGAACCACCGCCAAUGGCUUUGAAGAUCUCUGCUCGAGCCAAAUGGAAUGCAUGGAAGCAGCUGGGGAACAUGACCCCUGAGGUAGCAAUGGAGAGCUAUAUAAACCUUGUUUCCAAGAACAUUCCUGGUUGGAAGCCCAAAAUUCCUCCUGUAAAUAGUGAUCAAAAUGCUUCUCGUUCUCAUGAAUAUGAAAAAUUAGGUUCCGAAGCGAUUCAACUUUAAUGAAGGGGGAAAUAGCUCAAUCUUGGGAUGAAGCUCAUCAAUGAUGUGUGGAGGCUCUAUGGUGUCAAAAUUCAGUUUGUAUAAUUUUCCCCCAAGCUUUGGUUUUGUUUGGUUCUUUCUUGGCCAUUUAGCCAUUUCAUACGGUUUGCAUACUAGAGAACCUGUAGCGUAAUUUAUUUUUAUCCAUGACAAUCCUAGCGUUCUUUGUAAAUAGCAAUUUGAAGUUAUUUUCCCCUGUAAAUUCAAAAUAAUUCCUCCACUGCAAGUCUGGAUUGACAUGUGAAAAUAAAUUGGACCGUUUGAUUGGCAAGGGAGUAGU